UCACUCACACACUUUAGUGCGGUAAUGUGGGUAGUGUGGGUUGGGAGUGGGUUUACCUUCUCUCUUCUCUUUAUUAGAGCUCCUUUUAGGCCCUUUUUCUUUACGUCUCUCUUUAGGUAUGUGGGUCUUCUCUUCUUUCUUUACGUCUUCCUUUCAUACAAAUUCUGUAUUGCCCGGUACCUUAUAUUGCCGAUCCACAAGAUAAGCAUAAACUGGUUUAUAAUAUUUUUCUUUUUUGAACAUAAACUCUGACGGUAUUUUUUAGUUUAUAAGCACAUGUAAUUAAUUUCACUAUUUUAU